GAUGUGCUGUAACAUCAGCCGCACAUGUGUCGCAACGUCUGCGGUUCCGUCCAGCGGAAACAUCCCACCGAGACCCUCGAGAGAUGGCCCACAACCAACCGAGUCACACCGACUGCUUGGCUACCGGCCGAAGAAGAGAGCCGGUGUCGGUGAGAGAUGAAGCUAGGUCACCAUGGAGACGGGCGGAGAGAAGAACCAGCGGCAAGAGGCCUCGGCCAAUGAGAGCCCUGCGUCUGGAACAAGUGCCCGCCCCUCUACCAUGAACUCCAUGUCUCUAUACGAAAGACAGGCCGUGCAGGGGCAGCUGCCUCCGCAGUCCUCUUGGUGUUCUCCUGGCUUCUGUUCCUCAGUCACUGGCUUCAUCCUUCCCACCUUGUCACUUGACACUCAUCUGCAACAUUGGUUCCCCGUGACACGUGCAGUAGGACAGGGCUGCCCUUCAUAACUGCCAUCUUAUCUGGUGAACUCACCGCUUCACACAAUUGCCCAAUCUCCUCCUCCCUCCCUUCCUGAGCCAGUGUGAUCCAUCUCCACACUCCUCGAUGAGCAGAAGCCGAGUCACCGUUUCCUAGCGGUUUGACAACCGCCCCCGUCUACGCCGUGUAGAUGCUUCCGUCACAAAACAAAUCAAGGAGAAGCAGGUGACAGGUUACCUCCUGUUCUCGCCGACCACCACCGCCAUCGGCUCGCUGCAGUUUGGUUCCAAGACGGGAGUCAUCAAUCCACCUGAGCAGGUAGCUGUCAGUGUACGGCAUGCGUCACCAUGGUGUAUCCACGUGUGCACGUAUGAAUUCAUGUGAGGGCACGCAUGUACAGUCAAACCUGUCUUAGCGGCCACCUUUAUAGAACGGCCACCUGCCUAUAGCAGCCACUGAAAAAUCCCCCGCAGCAAAUGUACAUGUUAUAGACCCUGUGUAUAGCAGUCACCUGUCCAACGCGGCCAGCGGCCACCCAUUUUGUCUCCCUUGGUCAAUAUCUGACCGCAUAUAGCGGCCAAAUUACCAACUCAAGUAGAAGCUUUGUUUUUCAAUCAGUGAAGCCGUCGUGUGUAGACUUUAAUUACUGAGUCCUAGCUCAGUCACAAUCAUUCACAAGAUCCACACAAACUGUCAGUUGUUCCACAUAAAAAAAGCUGUCUUCUCUGGAGCUUGUUGCAGACAGUGACACCGUUUAUUUCCUGGUGUGAGACAAUGUGCACUGGUCAAUACUGUAAUGCCGCUUGUUGUGGGGAAGGAGAGACUCACGUCGCCGAUGCACUUUAAUGGCUUUAUUAACAGCGGAGAACACUGCAGGACUUUACAUCCACGCCAACAUAAACACACUUCCCAACUCUCUCCAAACUCACAGCUAGCACUGAGCCUAGCUCUCCUGCUCGGGACGCCCACCGUCACUUCCCGUCACUUCCUGAUGAACUAAAGCUGUAAUGACACUCUGCCGUAUAAAAAGUAAAAUAUUAAAAACAAGCGUAAGACAUUACUAGCACAGCUUUGUUCUGUGGGUGGUUGUUCAGUUAUUAUUAAGCCUCUAGCUUCCUUUUAGUAAGUAAAAACCUUGGCUAUGAUUGCACUACAUUGUCAUGUAGACCUACAAAGUACACUUGGAAGAACAAGAGGUGAAUAAAUGUAUUGCAACUGAUGUGAAACUGAUGAGGGGUAGGAUUAAAUAAGCUUUGCUUCUUCUUACUCCUUUUUGGACAUGCAAAACUGUGAAUUGUACUAUGUGAUGUGCUACUGUUUGACUCAUAUGCAUGUUCAGGAUGAAUUAAAACCAUGAACCAUGAACCAUGAUAAUAACAAGCCUAGUAGUGCUGUACAACUUUUAUCCGCAGUCCGCAGUGCCAUCUACUGGUCAACAUUAUUAUUAUUAUUAUUUCCCCUUUUUUCCCCUUUUUUUUUCCUCUACUGGUCAACAUUCAAACUGGACGCCGACCUGUCUAUAGAGGCCACCUGUCUAUAGCGGCCACUUUUACAGACUCCCUCUAGUGGCUGCUAUAGACAAGUUUGACUGUAUAUACAGUACACAUGAUAUGCUUCAUAAGGCUUUCUGUGCUGUUGGCUGCAUCAUGACUUCCUCUUGACUUGAAAGCAAGAUGCAGAGCAGAGGAAAUGAGUUUCUUGUGUCAUUAGAGAAUGAUCUACAGCCUUUAGUCAGGUGGCUAACAGAAAAGAAGGUACUGUGCUGUGUAAUGGUGUCGUCCCCUGCAGGAGGCGCUCCAUGUUCCUGGUCAACAUCCUGGCGGUGAUCGGCGGCUUGCUCAUGGGCUUCUCCACCGUCUGCUCCUCCUACGAGAUGGUGAUCGCCGGCCGCCUGGUCAUCGGCCUCUUCUGCGGCCUCUUCACGGGACUAACCCCCAUGUACGUGGGCGAGGUCUCGCCCACCCCGCUCAGGGGGGCCUUCGGCACCUUGCACCAGCUGGGCGUGGUGGUGGGCAUCCUGAUCGCCCAGAUCUUUGGUCUGGAGUUUCUGCUGGGCUCGGUCAAGCUGUGGCCCCUGCUGCUGGCCCUCACCGUGGCCCCCGCCGUGCUGCAGUGCGUCCUGCUGCCCUUCUGCCCUGAGAGCCCCCGCUUCCUGCUCAUCAACCUCAAGCAGGAGGAGCAGGCGCGCAAAGGUAUGCCCGGUGGUGUGGAAAAGAAACGAGUCUGUGUCCGUGAUCAUGUGACUGCAGGAGAAGAAGUGAAGCAUCCUUGAGCUGACAGACGGUUUUGACAGGCGGUGAAGCCACUUCUCAUUCACACCUGCCAACCUAAGCAAGCACCAGGAGACACAAAUGUGGAUGUAUUGCGGCCCUGUUAGAUGCACGCUAUUCUUCAUGCUGACAAUAUGUACACUGUCUUCUGAGGAAUGACAUUCAUAGUCCUGCGUGACGUAAACAUAACCUCCCUCUUCCAUUGUUGCCUGAGCAGAUGGACAUCGCCGCCAUGAGCUACGUGGCCAUCUUGGCCGUCAUGGUGUUUGUCGCCAUGUUUGAGCUGGGACCUGGUCCCAUCCCGUGGUUUAUCGUGGCCAAGCUCUUCUCGCAGGGGCCGCGCCCGGCGGCCAUGGCUGUGGCCGGCUGCUGCAACUGGACGUCCAACUUCCUGGUUGGGAUAAGCUUCCCCAAACUGAGGAACUGUGCAGUCCGUGGGUCUUCCUGAUCUUCACCGCUGUCCUGAUCAUCUUCUUCACCCUCACCUUCCUCAACAUUCCAAAGACCAAAGGCAAGGCCUUCGACGAGAUCGGCCGCAGCUUCAGCAACGCCCCUCCUCCCGCCUCUGCGUCCGAGCAGGCCCCACCCAAGGAGAAUGGCCACCUGGUGGAGGCCGCCUAGGUGUCUUUGCCACGCCCCUGGAGGAUAAAUCCACAGAGAGCGUGUAGGCUGCAGAUGUGAAGGAAGGAGAGGAUUUCGAAUGUUUUUAAAGUUGUUCAAAUCCUGGCUUCCUUUAAGUCUGCUGCUCAGAUUUAAAAACGACUUUACUAUUUGAGUGCAUUAUGUAAUCUUCUAUCCUUGCUUUUGCCUUUAGGAUCAGCAACAAUGUCCCCCGAUUGUAGUGCAAGCACACAGUGCGCUUGCUUGUUGGGGCCCACCCUCCUUCUGUUUUGAGACGCUCUUGACGUGUGCCUUCGACCGCCAGCCAAGCUAGCACCGCUAGUCAGGAUGCCAAAGUUUUAGUUUUUAAACAUAUUUACUACGGACAUGAAAUCACAAAAUGUAAUCUUUGCACUUAAUGGACAGGCUUUGUGGUGUCAUGUUGGGCCCACAUAACACUUGUUGUGAUGUAGUGUUGAUGAUCUUGUGGGUGAUUGCUCGUCUUUGUACAUGAUGUGAUGUUGUGGAAUAAAUGAUAUACGUAGAUAUAUAUU